ACACAGCCGGACGUGUUUGUUGCAUCAGUCGCUUCUACUUUACGCCAGUCGUUACGUCGGUGUAGCACUGCUUUACGGCAGCGUUGGAGCUUUCUUGUGACGCGGCUGCAUGCUGGAGGAGGUUGACGGCUCUCAUUACUGCGUUUAAAGUCAUGGACUCCCUACACGUGUCCUCCAACCCUGACGACAUCAGGAGUUUGCUGGUCCUGAUCGCUGCUGAAUUCUCUCCCAGCCGCCCACGUGUGUGUGCUAAGGACAGUCCAGCUAAUGUUGUGCAUUCUCACCCCAUUUUGGUCCUGGGAGGAAGCGAGGGAACGGCGCUGUGCGGUGCCAGCGCCGUCAGCUGGUACCUGGCAUCCGCAGGCGAGAAGGUGGGCAACGAUGCCAAGCAGCAGAGCCAGGUGUGGCAGUGGCUGAGCUUCGCAGAGAGCGAACUGAUUCCUGUGGCCUCUGCUGUGGUUUUCCCUCUGCUAGGUGUGACAGGCAUUGACAAAAAGCUUCAGCAGACUUCCCAUGGAGAGCUGCUGCGUGUUCUGAAGAUUCUGGAUCAGAGUUUAGAGCCACGGACGUUCCUGGUUGGAGAGAGCUUGUCUCUGGCUGACAUGGCUGUCGCAACAGCUGUGCUUCUGCCUUUCAAAUAUGUUUUGGACUCUUCAAACAGAAAGUCACUGGUGAACCUGAGCAGGUGGUUUGACACUUGCGUGAACCAGCCUGAGUUUUUGAAGGUGUUGGGUAAAGUGUCGCCCUGUGAGAAAAUGGUGCCCGUGACGCCCAAACCGAAUUCUACCACCACUGAUCCUGCUGCAAACAAUACGUCCAACGGAACAGCUGUUAGCGGUCCACCAAAGACCGAAGCACAGCUGAAGAAAGAGGCCAAGAAGCGUGAGAAGAUGGAGAAGUUCCAGCAGAAAAAGGAGAUGGAGGAGAAGAAGAAACAGAUUCAGUCACAGUCGGAGAAAAAAGCCAAACCUGAAAAAAAGGAACUCGGUGUGAUCACAUACAACAUCCCCACCCCGGCCGGAGAGAAAAAAGACAUGCUCGGCCCACUGCCGGACUCGUACAGUCCUCAGUACGUGGAGGCAGCCUGGUACCCUUGGUGGGAGAAACAGGGUUUCUUCAAACCUGAAUAUGGACGGAAGAGCAUUAGCGAAGCGAACCCCCGCGGUAUAUUUAUGAUGUGCAUCCCUCCUCCUAACGUGACAGGAUCUCUUCAUCUGGGUCACGCCCUAACCAAUGCCAUUCAGGACUGCCUGACCCGAUGGCACAGGAUGAGAGGCGAGACCACGCUGUGGAAUCCAGGCUGCGAUCACGCUGGUAUCGCCACUCAGGUGGUGGUGGAGAAGAAGCUGAUGAGGGAAAGAGGGAUGACCAGACAUGACCUGGGCCGAGAGAACUUCAUUGCAGAGGUCUGGAAGUGGAAGAACGAAAAAGGAGAUCGUAUCUACCACCAGCUGAAGAAACUCGGCUCUUCGCUCGACUGGGACAGAGCUUGUUUCACUAUGGAUCCUAAACUGUCCUAUGCUGUUCAGGAGGCAUUUAUUCGUAUGCAUGAGGAGGGCGUGAUCUACAGGAGCAAGAGACUGGUCAACUGGUCCUGCACCCUGAACUCUGCCAUCUCCGACAUUGAGGUGGAUAAGAAGGAGCUGACGGGUCGAACGCUGCUUCCCGUGCCAGGCUAUAAGGAGAAGGUGGAGUUUGGAGUGCUGGUGUCCUUCUCUUACAAGAUUGAGGGAUCAGAUGAGGAGGUGGUUGUAGCAACCACACGUAUCGAGACCAUGUUGGGCGACACAGCCGUGGCCGUGCAUCCUAACGACUCCAGAUAUCAGCACCUGAAAGGAAAAGUAGCAGUUCACCCGUUCUGUGACCGCAAGCUGCCCAUCGUGUUCGAUGACUUUGUGGACAUGAACUUUGGAACAGGUGCGGUGAAGAUCACACCUGCUCAUGACCACAAUGACUACGAAGUGGGGGAGAGACACAAACUGCCCUUUAUCAACAUCCUGGAUGAGAAUGGCUUCCUCAUCAAUGUUCCUCCUCCAUUCCUGGGUAUGAAGCGUUUCGAGGCGAGGAAGGCUGUGCUCCAGGCCCUGAAAGACCGAGGCCAGUUUAAGGACAUCAAAGACAAUCCCAUGGUGGUGCCUGUGUGCAGUCGCUCUAAGGACAUUGUGGAGCCCCUGCUGAAGCCUCAGUGGUACGUCAACUGUGGGGAAAUGGGGAAGCAGGCAGCCGAUGCAGUCAGGAGCGGAGAGCUGAAGAUCAUCCCAGAGCACCACCUGAAAACCUGGUUUAACUGGAUGGAUAACAUCAGGGAUUGGUGUAUCUCUCGUCAGCUGUGGUGGGGUCACCGGAUCCCGGCGUAUUUCGUCACUGUGAACGAUUCCUCUGUGAAAGCUGGAGAGGAUGUAGAUGGUCAUUACUGGGUCAGUGGACGGUCAGCGGAAGAAGCCCAAGAGAAAGCAGCGAAGCGCUUCAACGUCACUGUAGACAAAAUCUCCUUGCGGCAAGAUGAGGAUGUCUUGGAUACCUGGUUUUCUUCUGGGAUCUUUCCCUUUUCCAUUUUUGGAUGGCCAAAUGAAAACGAGGACCUGAGCGUAUUUUAUCCAGGCACUCUGUUGGAGACAGGCCAUGAUAUACUGUUUUUUUGGGUGGCUCGUAUGGUCAUGAUGGGCCUCAAACUCACAGGCAAACUUCCUUUCAAAGAGGUGUAUCUGCACGCCGUGGUGAGGGAUGCCCACGGCAGGAAGAUGAGCAAGUCUCUGGGGAACGUGAUCGACCCUCUGGACGUCAUCACUGGAAUCUCACUGGAGGGUCUCCAUGCUCAGCUGAAGGACAGCAAUCUGGACACACUGGAGAUUGAGAAGGCUAAACAAGGACAGAAAUCUGAUUACCCCACCGGAAUUCCAGAGUGUGGAACCGACGCUCUCAGGUUUGCCCUGUGCGCCUACACCAGCCAAGGACGGGACAUUAACCUGGACGUGAACAGGAUUCUGGGCUACAGGCAUUUCUGCAAUAAGCUGUGGAACGCUGUGAAGUUUGCCAUGAGGACGCUGGGCGAAGUCUUUGUGCCGUGGGAGAAAGCUCAGCUGUGCGGCAGUGAGGGCGUGUCCGAUAGGUGGAUUUUGUCGCGCCUCUGUGCUGCCGUGGCCCUCUGUGGAAACGGAUUCCAGGCGUAUGAUUUCCCAGCGAUCACCACAGCUAUUUACAACUUCUGGCUCUACGAACUGUGUGACGUUUAUCUGGAAAGCGUGAAGCCUGUUUUGAGCAGAACAGACUCAGAAGGCCUGAAGCAAGCCGACAUCUGCAGACAGACGCUCUACACCUGUCUGGACGUCGGGCUUCGCCUCCUGUCUCCCAUCAUGCCUUUUGUCACCGAGGAGCUCUUCCAGCGGUUGCCACGGAGACAGCCCCAGGACAGUCCCCCGAGUAUCUCUGUCACUCCGUACCCUGAAACCUCAGAGUUCUGCUGGCACAGUGAGGAGCUCGACCAGCAGAUGGAGUUUGUGAUGACUGUAGUCAGAACCAUUCGAUCACUCAGGGCUGAUUACAACCUGACCAAGACACGUGCAGACUGUUAUCUGCAGUGUAUAGACUCCACUACAGCGUCUCUGGUGGAGGAAUACAAGCUGCAGAUCCAGACUCUCUCCUACUCUCAGGCCAUCCACCCAGUCACAGGGAGUGAAGGCACCAUUCCAGACGGCUGUGCUGUGGCCAUCGCUUCAGACAAGUGCACUGUUCAUCUCAUGCUGAAGGGUUUAAUUGAUGUAGAAAAGGAGGUGGCCAAACUGACGACAAAGAAGGGCGAGCUGGAGAAGCAGAUGGAGAAACUGGAGGAGAAAAUGAAAAAGAGCGACUACAAGGAGAAAGUCCCGCUGAAGGUUCAGGAGCAGGAUGCUGACAAGCUGAGACAAAGUCAGAUCGAGCUACAGAAAGUGACUGAAGCUAUGGAGAACUUCAGAAAGAUGAUGUAAUGCUUCUUCACCUCUUCCUUGGGUAUAUUUUUUACACGUCGAUGGACGGCUUGUAGUCUGUAGCUGUGAAAGUGCGUCUCUGCUGCUUAACCGCUGUCUUCUAACAUCAGAAAGGUUCAUUAAAUAUUAUCUUUGAGUCUCUA